CCAUGUUAAGAGAAGCUUUUGGAGCGGUUGUUAAGGAAAAGGUGCAAUCUUCCAAAAUAUUGGUGAACUACAAAAAAAGGGUCGCAAGUUCCAAAUUCAGACGUAAUGAUUUCAGGAGUAGCUCUGUAAUUCAUGGCGUGCUGUGGGGGCUGUCCUCUUUGUUCUCCUUGAACUUCUUCUUCUUCUUCUUCUUCUUCUUCUUCAACUGCUAAACCCCUUCUUUUCCUUUUUUCUGUCUGGAGGGAGCAUUCGUUUUCUGGUUUUCCAGCGAAGAGAAAUCCCCACGAAGAGAAAUCCCCAAAUUUUCCGGUUUUUUUUUUUCUUCUUUUUUUUUUUUUUUUUUUUUGUGUGUUCAAUCUGAGGAAAAACUAUGUGUGGAGGAGCUAUUAUUUCUGAUUUUAUACCGCCGACUCGGUCUGACCGGGUCACAGCCGAUCAUCUCUGGCCGGAUUUGAAGAAACUUAAAUCAGGGAAAAAUUCCUCAGCAAAGAAGUCCCUCAGGUCGCAGAUCUUCGAUGUUGAUGAUUUUGAGGCUGAUUUCCAGGACUUCAAGGACGAUUCUGACGCUGAUUUUGACGAAGAUCACUUCUCGGAUGUUAAACCGUUCCUUUUCUCUGCUCCUAACUCCGCCUGCUCUUCCACUCGCGGAUCAAGCGCCACAAAACUUGUGGAGUUCAAUGGACAAACUGACAAGUCUGCAAGUACUAAGAGGAAGAAUAAAUUUAGGGGAAUAAGGCAGCGCCCAUGGGGUAAGUGGGCUGCUGAGAUCCGAGACCCAACGAAAGGGGCCCGUGUAUGGCUUGGUACUUUCAACACUGCAGAAGAAGCUGCAAGAGCAUAUGAUGCAGAGGCGCUGAGAAUUCGAGGCAAGAAAGCCAAGUUGAAUUUCCCUGAUGAACCUUUGCAUAAUACCCUGAAGCGGAAAAACUCACAGAAAGUGAAACAUCUCAAUAUGAACUUGAAAGCAAACCAGGCCAACGCAAACCAACACCUUAAGUUUUCUAAUCAUCCAGAUCAGAACUACUACAGAACCACUGGUUUUCUGGAAGCAAAACCUCCUACUGACCAACUUGGAUACAUGGACUCAUUCCCUGCUGGUAUGGAUAGUACUCCAUCUGACGAAAUGCUCCUGUAUUUUAACUCCGAUGAGGGAAGCAACUCGAUUGGCUGUUCUGAUUUUGGAUGGAGAGAUCAAGGUGUCAAGACUCCAGAAAUCUCUUCUGUCUUCUCAGCUACUUUUGAAAGUAUCGACUCUCAGUUUACAGAGGACAUGAAUCCAAGGAAGAAACUAAGGUGUAGUUCAGGGGAUGCCAUAACUGCUGAAGAAGUAGGUGCUAAGACACUGUCAGAGGAGCUUUCUUCCUUCGAGUCCCAGAUGAAGUGUUUUCAGAUGCCAUAUCUGGAAGGGGACUGGGAUGAUUCAAUAGAUGCCUUCCUUGGAGGGGUUGCGACUCAAGAUGGUGGAAACCCAGUGGACCUUUGGAGUUUUAAUGAUCUCCCUGCUGUGGUUGGAGGAUUCUUUUAAGCAAAGUUUUCCUUUGCCGGCUGGUUCAUUUAAAUAAAGCUAUAUGAAGUGGAUGUCAUCGAUGAUUGGGACGAAGUUCAAAUGGUCAAUUGUGUUCGAGGCAAUUAAGGUCAUGUUUAUGCUGUAGCUAAUGGACUAGGAUUGUCUAGUUUAUUCCGGUAGCAAUACCUGAAAACCUUUAACUGGCGAUAGCCUGUCGAGUGAAGUCUGUAUGAACAAUAUCUAUCGAGUUAAGUCUGUAUGAACAAUAUGUUUAUCUGUAUUUAUGUAGCAUAAAACAUGGUAGAUGUCUUUGCCAUUGAGGAUUUUUACAUCAUGGAAUGUCUAGAUUCUGACUUGUAUGAAUUAAAGUCAUCGCUAAUAUCUCUCUUU